AUGAGAAUCUCGAUAGCUGCAGUUACGGGCAUUCUUGUCCAGGGCAUAUCCUUAGCUGCUGGCCUUCGGAUCCUUCAAUCGAAUGAUGAUGGCUGGGCCGACUUCUACAUCCGUCAUUUGAACGACAAGCUCCGCGAAUUGCACCACGAAGUAGUCCUAGUAGCUCCGCCCAACAAUCAGUCUGUUCCGACCGUAUUCUACGAUGACCCCAUCAACGGCCCUUUGCAAGACAUGGUCGGCUCCCGUUUGGGGCCAUGCCAACAUAACAGCUGCGAGGAAGGUGGACCGAUGAACAACAACCAAUCUCGCCCCGACCUCAACUGGGUAAACGGCCACCCUAUGCACGCCAUGCAGUACGGUAUCGAGUCCAUCGUACCGGACUUGUGGAACGGAACAAAGCCAGAGCUUGUCAUUAAUGGACCCAACAAGGGCAACGUCAUCUGGCCGUGGCUCCAGCGCAUCCCCAACGCAAUCACGGCGGCGUACGCGAGCGCCCAUUACGGCAUCCCGGCCAUUUCCUUCGCAUAUGGAUCUAGAAACGGCAAUUGGUCGUCGUGGAACACUGCGAAAAGACCUCGCAACAGCCGCACCUACGUCGGGCUCGUGGCAAGGCUUCUCGGCGAGCUCCAAGAGACCCACGAGGCAGGAAAAGGCCUGUUGCCACCCGACACGUAUCUCAAUGUGAACUUCCCACCUCUUUCAGCGACGUGCAAAGAGGUUGAGGACUUCCAGUGGGUACUCGCCGGUUUCGCACCUCGGGGAUUCUUGGACCCAGUGCCCGCCGUCGAGUGGUGUGGCAAGCAGACCUUGCCCAGCGAGUAUAAGACGCUUCAUAGUGGCUGCUACAUAUCCAUCGCCUUGGGCAAUGCGACGUCAAUGGCGAUCUUGGCCGAUAUAGUCGCUCAACGAAAUCUCAUUAACAGGCUGGGGAGUAUCUUGUCCUGCUUACCGGCGGAAAAACGUCAGUAG